GACUCCUCGUCUUCCUCGCACUUUGAAUCCUCCUCGCCCUCACCUUCCCCCGUGAAGCGACGUCGUGGCUCCGCUACCAAUACCACCCGCGGCGGGGCGGCCAUAACAGCAGCUGGACUUGCAGCAGCAGCACCGCCACCUCCGCCAUUAAGUGCGGCGGCUAGGCUGUUUGGCCCCAGGGUUGCUGCUGCUGCCGGUCUCGGCGGGGCCAUGGCAGUGCAUGCAGGCGUCACUGCCGCCGCCGCCAACGCCGCCACUGCUAUCCAUGGCCCUCCCGCGCUCUCUCCCGCACCCCCUGCUGCUGCUGCCGCCGUCAAGUCCAGCAUGAUGACGUUGAUGCUGUUUGACGAGGUGGAUGUGUUGCCUGAUGAGGACCGGGGGUUCCUGGCAGCGCUGACUUCCAUCGUGCAACAGUCCAAGCGCCCCAUCAUCCUCACCGCGGGGCGCGGGCCCCUGCCAGCGCCCAUCCGCGCCCUGUGUCUCCAAGAGGUCCUCAUGCAACCGCCGCCAGCGCCGCUGCUGAUGCGAACCGUUGCAAUGACGUGUGCAGCGGCGGCCUCGGUACGGCAACAACAACAACAACCGCAACAGCAGCCGCAAAGCCCGCAGCAGGUUUCGAAGGGUGGCAGCAGCGGCAGCGGUGGCGGUGGCGGCGGGGGUGCACUUGGACAACUGCAGCAGCAGCAGGAUCAGCAGCCAGAGCGGAGGCAGCCGAUGUUACCUGCGCUGUGCCAGCUGGUACGGCGUUGUCGUGGCGACAUUCGUCGUACGCUCCUGGAGGCGCAGUUCUGGUUGCUGGGAGGGUUCGGGUCCGGGAAGUGCACUGCUGCUGCUGGUGGUGCUGGCGCUAGCGGGGAGGGUGGUGGCGACAAGGGACAGCUGGCGGUGACGAUGACGGCGACGGUGCCCAACGGGUUGGGAGAUGGGGACGAGGAGGACGAUGAGGAGGUUGGCGGAGAUGGUGUUUUGGGUGCUGGUGUCGUACACUCCCAUGCAAGUGAGCAAUGCCGUCGGGCGUUACGGGCCGCAUGCCGGGCAGUGGACGUCCUGGCAUUGGCUGCUGCUACAGCGUCGUUAUCGGCGGUUGAAGGUACGACAGGUGCCGACGCAGCAGCUGCCGUACCCAGCUGUACGGCAACUGUCAUGCAACCGACGGAGGUCCUUCUGCCCGGUGGCUGGUCCCCCAAGAUGUGGCUCCCUCCGAGAUCGAAGGAACCAAAGGGGCAGCAGGUUCCACAGCUUCAGGGUUGCGGAAUCUCGCACCCAAACAGCGACGACGACCCGCAGCAGCAGCAGCUGAUGCCGCCGCUGAACCAACAG